AUGAAAGACGGUAGGCUCGCCAGCGUGGCCUCGACAGCCCUUCAGGGCGUGGCGUUCGUACUCCUCCUGCUUAUCCCUAUCUUCUCGAUCCACUCGGACCCAAAUCACCUUUCCGCGCUACAGUUCGUAACCAUUGAUGCGUCCAAGACGCGCCUGAACCCCGCUGGCGGUAUCGCGCUCGUCAGCCUACCUGAUGUCAACGACUACCAGCGCCAUAAGCAGGUGUUCCAGAUAUACCUCUUCAACUACUGUAGCGGCAGCUACCUGGCUGACAGUAGGCUGGUUAUUGACUUUUGCUCCAAGAAUGGCCAUGAGAUCUGGAGUAUGAUGAGCCUCGCGAGGCAUCUCCCGGCGGGCUUCGCUGUAAUCGCCGCCGCUUGCUCCAUUGCCGUCGCCGUUGCUGCGCAAGUCACCUACGGCUCGCUCGUAGCCAAGGCCGACGAUGACGAAAUAUCCAUUACGGCGCAGAUGGGCUUGGCCGUGUACGUGAUCAACUGGGUAGCAGCCGGCUGUGCCCUUGUCGCUUGCGUCCUGCGCUUCGUAGCAGACCGACAGGUUCGCAGCGGAGGGAAGUCGGGCAGGGGUGGUCGCGGUGGCUUCGUCCGGAUCUCGCCCGACGAGGUCGAGACCGAGUACAAGUAUAGCAAGAGCAGAAAGGGGGAUAUGCCGUGCACCGACGCCUUGAUGGUGCCGUCGCCACCAGGCGCUGUGUGCGAUACGUCCCGUGACGUAUCGCGGAAUGUGUCGACAGACAAUCUCGCUACAUUAGGUAGCAAUCCUGGCGACGGCAAGUUUGAGCCCUACCGCUCUGCCAAUGUGUAG